UAAAACCAGUCAUGAACUUGAGGUGUUUUUCUGUAUCAGAUGUGAUCAUGUAGUUGACACUGUAGAACAGCAGGGGGCGGUAACGAUCCUACAGUCUGGUUACCAACUUCCGGUACAGAAGAAGAAGAAGAAGGAGGAGGAGCAGGAGGAACUCCUGAAACAGGCGGUAGAAGCUAACGUUAGCAUCAUCUGUCCGACGGAAACAUUUCAGUCGGUUUAUUUUGAUGUUUUAAUGUUUAAAUGUUUAAACGUUAACGAGCCGCUAACGGCUAAGUGCUAACAGCUAACUGCUAACAGCUAAGAGAGGAGAAAACACAGUGACGAGUCUCUGGUGUCUCUGAUAUGAGCAGCUCUGUUCAGAGGAAGAGGAGGACCACAGGAAGUCCUCUGGUGUCCAGACCCAGCACCAAGACCAGCAGAGGGACAAACACUCGGAGGACGGCCAGCAGAGCAGCCAGCAGGACGGCUGAUGGUGACCCUGACCCCGACCCCCCCACAGAGACUGUUGACGUGAUGGACAACACAGAGGACAGUGUGGAGGAGGUGGUGGAUCUGACCUGUGAGGGCUCAGAGGCUGCCGUGGUCGACCUGACCAACAAUGACUCAGUGCUGCUGGUGGACGAAGGUCCUCAGAAUAGGAGAGUCACAACAGGAGAGAGUUACGUUGUCAGCAGUGAUGAAGACGACGACAUGCCCUCUGUCCUCAACGCUGCAAUGAUGUCCUCUGUACACAGCAACAGCUCCUCCAGGUCGACCCCGGGGACGAUCAGCUGUCCCGUGUGUCUGGACUCGUACUCUGAGAUCGUUGAGAGCGGCCGAUUGGUUGUUUCCACUAAAUGUGGUCACGUGUUCUGCAGCCAGUGUCUGAGAGACGCUCUGAAGUCAUCACACACCUGUCCCACCUGCAGGAAGAGACUGACCCCCCGCCAGUACCACCCUCUCUACAUCUGACAUCACUCUGACAUCAUCAUUACACACCUACACCUGUACCACCCCCUCUAUGUCUCUGACAUCAUCACACACCUGGCCCCUGACUGUACCGCCCCCUCUACAUCUGACAUCGCUCUGACAUCAUCAUCACACACCUACACCUGUACCACCCUCUCUAUGUCUCUGACAUCAUCAUCACACACCUGAGGUACUGUUGGGUGUUAUAUUUUUUGGUGACAUCAUCAGUGACGUCAUCAGAUGUUUUUGCUGCUGAGUUUUUUUUUCUCAGAGACAGGACUGUGUUUUAAUUAAAGAGCGACUACACAUGAUUAUUGAUUUAAUGAUUGAUGAUAUAUUAUUGAUAUAUUGAAUAUAUUUGAUAUUUUGUUUAUUUGUUUAUUAGUUUGUUGUUUUGUCUCCUGUUUA